AUGCUCUCCGCCUCAGAAAACCCGGCGCCCUCGAGAUGCGUCGGUCCAGAGUACAGGUCCAGCAACGAGAAGCCGACAGCGACUGUAUCCACACAGGUCUCCCACGAAAACGUGCACAUCCUCCCACAAACACCACAACUAAUAGCACUCCUAACCAUGAUCCGCGACAAAACCACCAACCGCGCCGACUUCAUAUUCUACUCGAACCGCAUAAUCCGGCUCCUCGUCGAAGAAGGGCUCAACCACCUGCCCGUGGUCUCCCACCCCAUCACCACCCCCGUCGGCCGCACCUACUCCGGCGUGAAGUUCGAAGGGAAAAUCUGCGGCGUCUCCAUCAUGCGCGCGGGCGAGAGCAUGGAGCAGGCCCUCCGCGAAUGCUGUAGGAGUGUCAGGAUAGGCAAGAUUCUGAUUCAGAGGGACGAGGAGACGGCUAAACCCAAGCUUUUUUAUGAGAAGCUGCCGGAGGAUGUGGGAGAGAGGUGGGUGUUGUUGCUGGAUCCGAUGUUGGCGACUGGGGGCUCGGCGCUCAUGGCGGUGGAUGUGCUGAAGAGCAAGGGCGUGCCGGAGGAUCAUAUUCUGUUCUUGAAUCUGAUCGCGAGUCCGGAGGGAGCAAAGAACUUUGCGGCCAAGUUCCCGAAGCUGAGGGUUGUGACUGCUUUUGUGGAUCAGGGGCUAGAUGAGAAGAAUUACAUCGUGCCUGGGCUCGGUGACUUCGGCGAUCGGUUCUAUACCAUGUGA